AGUGUGUAACCACAGAGCUCAAGGUAGAGCUUUGAAGUACCUGAUGACGAUCAAUCAUCCAGCAGAACGGGAAAAUGUGUGGAAAUGCACACGGAAAGAAAGUGUGAAGUGUGAUAACAGGCCGUGUGCAUUCAGCGGGUUCAAAAAUGACAGAAGAAAGCAGAGACGCUGCAAGGCAAAGCAUCCAGGAAGUGGCAUUUAACAGUGAGGCUCAGCAAGAAGUGUCUCAGUACAGCACGGAGCUCUGAAGCACACACUUCUCCAUUCAUCUCCUCUGCACCUGCUCCAGGCAACAGCAUGAUAAACACCUACACCACCACCCUGCCUCCACCGCCACCAGCACCCAGCUCCAGAGCUCUACUGCCGACCAUGAGAUCCUUCAUGGGCUUCUUGGGCUUCUUGAUUUUGGCUCAGAUGGUCGGAUCAGCCUUCCUUUUCAUGUAUAUAUUUAAAAGAAUUGACGAGGUCCAGACUCUGAUGAGCUACCAUGAAGAUAUGGUGGUGCUAAAAAGAAUAAAGCAAUGUGAAAACCCAAGAAGCGACAUCAAAAAUACACACCUGGACUGUGGGAAGGUCAUAACGGAUUUUCAGAAGCUGCUUCCAGGGAUUAUUUCAAGACUGAAGGAUACUGAGAAAGCUGAAAUGAUGAAAGGUCAACUCACUUCAGAUCAGAAUCAGGACAGCCAAGAACCAAAAAUAGUUGCCCAGCUGACCGUUCGAUCUCCCUCCCCGUUAACCAGCCUAUCAGGAAACACCAUUAAACUCUGGUCUAAAGACCACAUGCUGUUGACCACCAGAUCCGUGAUCUACGAAGAAAGCACUGGCUCCUUACGGAUCAAGAGACCUGGAAAUUACUAUAUCUAUUCUCAAACCACCUUCGUAAAAAAGCCGCGAACCAGCCCUUUCAGCCAAUGCAUUGUGCAGAAAGAUAUUUCUGGAAAGGAGACCCCGCUGUUGAGGUCGUAUAGCACGCCGGGCCGCGACGUAGCUGCAAAUCCAUACCCUGAGCUGCACACGCUGUAUCAGGGAGCGGUGUUCACACUGAAGGAGGAUGACCGAGUGUACGUGAACGUGUCUGAUUUAUCAAUCUUGCAUUGGAACGGCACGGCAACACUGUUUGGAUUAGUUCUGCAAUAGACUUGUGAAAGAAAAAAACACUGUUUGGCUUACUAUGGAAAACAAUAAAGAAGCAAAAAAAAAAAAAAAAAAAAAAAGAAAGAAAAAGAA